UCGAUUUUAGUCGCGCAAGCGUAUUUCACAUGCACGCGUGCAUUGUAAUUGUUUUAUCAGGAAAAUGUGAUUUGCAGUUUGCAAUAUAGGACCUUGCAUAGUAAUGUUCUUUCGAUUGUAACAAGUGUGACAGUCGAACGGUCAAAGGCUAGUCAGAAUGACCGAUCAAGAUACAAAUGAUAAUACUCUUCCGUUACGGGAGAGUUUGGUGAAAACUGCAGUGCAAUUUCUACAAAACCCUAAAGUGUCGUCGAGUCCAUUGGUGCAAAAACAAGAAUUUCUUAAGAGGAAAGGUCUCACGGAUGAGGAGAUUAAAACAGCUUUCAAGCUGGCGUCGGUCGACAAUGUAGCUGAUCGCAAUGCUAUUCAAAGUCAGAAUCCAUACACCGCUGUACAAAUGCCAUCAGGAUCCGUUUAUCCAUAUCGUCAAAUGAGUGUUUACCGACCAACGUUUUUGCACAAAGUCAAAGAGAUCUUUAAUGCAACCGCAUUAAUUGGCGUGACAGUAUACUGCGCGUAUUGGUUUUAUAAGAGAUUUAUAGAACCCUUCCUGUUUGGGCGGAGAAAGAAGAGAAGCGUUGAAGAUAGGGUAACUGAAUUAGAUAAAACCGUCCAAAGUUCUAUGAAAGAAGUGAAGGAUUCCAUUUUGAAAGUAGAAGGCGAAAUGCAAAAGCUGUCUCAGCAUCAAGCAUUGGAUCCAACUAUCCCACAGUUGGUGCAAGAACUUAAACACGACUUGUCUAGUCUAAAAGCUUUACUUUUGUCAAGAAAACAGUUUCCUACUGCCCCAGCAUCUAUACCACCAUGGCAGUUGGGUGCAACAAAUGUAAGCCAAGAGAAAGUAACGGAACGAGAAGACGAUGCUGGAAGUGGUAGCAGUACCAACAAUUCGGACAGUUCUUUGGAAAUGAUUCGAGAAGAUCCACCCAAAGAAUAGGUUUAGGAGAAUUUUCAGUCUAUCGCAAUUACUUCCAUAAUAGAGUCUUCGAUAUAAGAUAUACUCGAUAUAAUAUAUUGAAGCAAAUGGAUUAUAAUUUCAAUAGUACAUGGUAUUAUGCUUCAUAUUAUUUU